CCAGUCAGUGCGACUCUCUCGCUCUACACAACCUCAGGCUGUUAUGUUGUAGGGCUGUGAGAGUGAGCUUCUCUGUAGCACCUUCUCGGGGACGCACACAUCCGGCCAUCAUGGAGGAGGCUGACCUGCUGAGGGAGAGGCUCCAGGCAAUAACGAACAAAAGAAGAAUCCAGGAGAACAUCGCCAAGAAAAGGAGACUGAUCGAGGAGGAGAAAUUAAAGCUCCAGUACAUGAAGAAGAAAGCCCUGAGGGAGCAGUGGCUGAUGGAUGGUCUGAGUCAGCAGUCGGAAGAGGAACAGGAGGCCCUGAGGCUUCAGGCUCUGGACGAACAGCAUCAGAGUGAUCAGCUGCAAAGCAACAUCCUCAGAAUAGAGGAGGAAAUCGAAGCCUUGGAAACACAGGAGCUCGACAUCUCUGCAAACGAAGAAGUAGUUCUGAAACGUUUAAAAGAAGUGGAGAAGACAUCUGAGGACAUCAUCAAGAUGAGAUACAUCAUGUCCUCCCACCACUCCCAGAUAUCCCAUCAUUCAUCCAAGAGACACCAACAAAAAACCCUCCAGUGCAUGAACUUGUUAGUGAAGGACCAAAGAAAGAAAGCUACCUUGAUGGAUGACGAGGCAGAUGGAAAAGAUUUGAACAAAGGUUGCAGCGCAACUGAGAAUCACAGUUCUGUCUCCGUCACCAUGGAAACCACUGAACAAUCAGAGCUGCCAAUGGACUGGGAAGUGGAGGUCACUGUGGCUGAUUCACCUGCGCAGGGGAACAAUUUCAGCACAGAUGAUGAGCAAGUUUGUUCAGAGACCGACUCAUCCAAUUUCCCAGGGAAAACAGAAAUGCUUGUUAAAAUAUUAACUGAACUGCCAAGCGGCACAAUUGAGAUUGGCCAGCCGGACUGUUCGGAGACCAGUGUUUGCACUGAAAUGCCAUGCCCAGAGCAAAAUGAAGCUUUGAUAUUAGAAUCAGUGCAUGAAGAGCUAAACAGGAAUGAGUCAAUCACCUCAUCGGUGUCAGACACACUCUCUAGUGCAGACAGUGUUUGUGAGAAUGAGGAUCAUCAGAAAAGGCAGGAGAAGUCAGAACAAGAUCCUGAGCAAGAACAAUGCCCUAAGCCAAAGUAUUAUCCUGAACCAGAGCACGGACCUGAACCAGAGAAAUACCUUAAGCCAGAGCAAGAACCGGAACCCCAGCAAGACUCUGAAUUAGAGCAACCUGGACCAGAGCAAUAUCCUGAGCCAGAGCAAGAACCUGGACCUGAACAAUACCCCGAGCCAGAACAAGACCCGGAACCGGAGCAAUAUCCUGAUCUAGAACAAGACCCUGAACUGGAGCAAUUCCCUGAACUGGAGCAAUACCCUGAGCCAGAACAAGACCCUGAGCCAGAACAAGACCCUGAACUGGAGCAAUACCCUGAGCCAGAACAAGACCCUGAACUGAAGCAAUACCCUGAGCCAGAACAAGACCCUGAACCGGGGAAAUACCCUGAGCCAGAGCAAGAACCUGAACCGGAGCAAUACCCUGAGCCAGAGCAAUACCCCGAUUUAGAACAAGACCCUGAACUGGAGCAAGAACCUGGACCAGCGAAAGACCCUGAGCGAGAAGAUCUUAAACUGGGGCACUACCCUAUGUCAGAACAAGACCUUGAACAACCACAGUACCCUGAGGCGGAGCAAUACCUUGAGAGAGAGUUUUGCCCUGACCCAGAGCCUACGGAUAAUAUGCUUGUUGUCGAAGAUCAAAAUUUUACAAUAUUCACAGAGGAAACCCCGGAGGACCAUACCAUUGUCCUUGAACCAUCCAAUUCAAAGGAGUCAAUAUUAGAAUAUGACAUUAAAGAAGAGGCAAUAUCAGAUGUUUACAAUGAAUCCUGCCAUGAUUUUAUGCCUGAGGAAAUGGACGAAUGUCUGGGAGUUGAGAUUUCAGUAGACAGCGAGACCGAUGAGACGGAUGAAAAAUGGAGAACAAUAUUCUCUUCGUCAAUAAAUAAAGAAGAUGACGACUCAUAUUUGGACAGUCUUCAGUUGAGUGCCCAGGAGCUGUUUGUACAGAAAAUUGAGGACACAGACUGUGAGGAACAAGGCAAUAAGAAGUUUGAAGAUGUCAGUUUUGAUGUUCCCCAAGUGGAAGAAGUUCUCGAACAACCUGUGGAUAUCAUUGCGUUCCCUCCCCCUCCUCAAGAGGUCAAAUAUAAUCCUUUAGGCCUUCAAGGUUUGUCCAAAAUCUCUGAAGAUGAGGGUGAAAAUGGCAGGGAUGCAAACCAUAACCACACAACCCCCCAAAAGCACAUCAAUGAAGAUUCGAUGAAGAAGCUACCUAAAGACUUCUGUGUGAUACAAGAGACCAAGAGUGAGAAUGUGAGCACAGAACAUGUGGACUUCCAGCUAGCCCGUAAACAGUGGCGCGAAAUGGAGGAGCAAACCAUGAACAAAAUUGUCUUACCUACAGCCAAGCAGCUCAGCUUCCAUAGCAGCCACAGUUUCAUGUACACACCAGUGCGUAACAUUGAAAGAACUCAAAAGAAAGCACACGACCUGGAGAAUUUGAAUCUGGUUGGCGAUUAUCCUCACACCCAAUUCAGCCCUUGCUCAGAGGAUUCCGGCCUGGAUGAUUCCAGUUACAGGUCAACUUUCGAUGAUCCAGAAACACCAGUUGAAAGGGAGAUUCGCAUAUCAAUGGAGAGGGAGGAACACUUCAGAAGGGAGAGGGGCCUCUCCAGGAUGGGAAAAUCAACUGAUUGUGCUCCCUCACAAAGUAUGCCCAGAUCAAUAAGCACUCCACUGACACCGUCAUUCAUCAUCACCUCAUCACCCACUAAGGAACCACUGAAACAUGAAGUAUCAGCAAACAACAUUAUCAUUCUCAAUCCCAGAAAUGAUUUCACCUCCAGCCCGAGACAUGGGGAAGAUAACAAGGUAGCUAAGUGCGGCGAUUGGUGCUCAGAGGACAGCAGCCCCAACCUCAUCAUCCUAGAGACAUCCAAUCUGAUUAUCCGCAGCGCCUCAGAGUUCUCCCUCAACAAAGCCUGUGAGCAGCCCCAGGAAAAGAUUUUCCUGAAGAACCCCUUUUUCAAGCUGCGUUCAAGAAGCACGAUGUCACUGGUGGAUGAAGAGAUUAAGAUUGUGAAGCAGAGGGAGGACGAGCUUAGAAAAGAUAGGGCAAAUCUGUAUGGCAAAGACCGGUUCAAUAAUGAAAGGAUGUUGUCAAAUCACAUGGACACAUUGGCAUUUGACGAUUCAGUUGAUGUUCCAGUGAAGUGCAAGUCCUCUCCAUCAUCGCCACUGAAAACCAACUACAGGAUGGAUCGCUCCGCUUUAUCCUGUGAUCACAGAUUUCCAGAGGUCUACACGGGAGGAAGACACAAGAGUUCCAUGGCUCUGCGCUGGGAGGCAGGCGAGUUCACAAAAAGCGACUGAAGAGGACCAUGGCAGCAUCCCUAAAGGUCAUCGCUUCGAUGUCAAUGUUAGAAUCAUCCAAGUUAAAUGCAGUGUUGCAAGUGGGUUCCUUCAUCUUGCUUUUGUGAUGCUUUGGGCAAAUCUAAAAAUGACAAUAUUAGUGCAUAGAGAAACAAUUUUAUACCGUACUAUGGGCAAAAUAAUACCAGAUUUUUGCCAGAGGCUGUGAAUUAUUUUCAAAUUUCAAACGAUUCUGACGUGUCUCCUCAUUACUUCUUACCAGGCAACAGCUUAUAGAGUUACGUUUUAUUCAACUAUUGACAAGGUCAGUGCCUACACAUAGUUUUCAUUUCAAACAAAUUAUGAAUAGACGGUAUUAAUAUUUUGAAAAGUGGAGAAAGUAUAAAUGAGAGGCAACCCCAGAAUAUCAGAUUAUGUGACAUACACCCAUAUUGAAAAUGCAUGUCUCCUUGUGGAUCUUCACUUGCCUAUUGAAAAGCUUUUUAAGAGGUCCAAUGCACAAUCUAACAAAACUGCCUGUGGAUGAAAAAAGAAUUUGGUAAAAUCAUCCUUAUUUUAUGAGGUUAGUACUCACAUGCCAUAUGUACAGUAAAGCAGUUAUUGGUCAAAUUCAGCUGAAACUAACAUGAGACUGUGAGUCAGACAAAUCAGAAGGCCAAGUGUAGGUUCAUCAUCAUCAGUCAGUCAUCAGUGUCCACAGCUAAUCAAGUAUCCUGCUCCACACGACAUAAUAUAGUGGGGGCGACUUAUGGCUGCACGUUCAAGGACUUCUUCAGCAUUUUAUAUGCUAUUUCAUUGAUUGACCAGUGAGUCUUGAGUGAUCCCUAAAGGUGACACGAUGUAACUCUAACCCUCAUUCUGCUACUCUGUGCCAACGGUUACUAGGACAGACACUACUGCAAAAACCUCUCUGGCUACAGUGCGGCUCACUUUAUCCCUUUUGGUUGCUAACCAAAACACCAUAGCUGCAGCUCAGCUGCCUCUUAGCUAGGUUAUUUAAAGUUCAUUCAAAUUGGAGAACUUCUGCCAAUUUUCUGCAUACAUCGCUGAUUGUAUUUCACUUUUGUAAAGCGCUUGAGAGGCUUUACUGGCCAGUUGUUAUGUAUGGUCGCAGCACUGGUUGUUAGUUGGCUCCUUUUCAUUGUUUUGUACAGGGUAUUUGGCCAACUGCUAACAGCUAUUGUAACUACCAGUACACACCCUGUUGUCGUCAUUCUUUUCAGCUCCGUCAGUGCUACGCAGGCACACGGCUCGGUGCGUGUCUUACAUGAUGACUUUCAGCCGUUUCCCUGCAUUCUGCAUUGAGUUUAAAUUAAAUGUGUUUUGCAAAGCCUUGUAGCCCGUUGGUUUCUAAACCAAUUAGCCAACUGUGGGAUGUUAGUUGCUAAUAUCGCUUGUAUUGCAGUAUCGCGUUACAUGUCUUUUAAAUGAGCUCUAUGGUUGUGGAUAAGUGUUAAUUCAUCACUAUGCUUUGAUGCUUUGUUGGGAUUUGGGCAGGUUAGGAUGAGCCUCAAGGUUAAAGCUGCUUCAAGCGAUUUGUAUUGUGCUUUGGGGGAAACAGAAACAAGCUAAAUAAUCACCUGGACGUGUUGACUGUUUCCUAUUAAGAAAUCCAACAGCAACGGUAUCAUUGUUGAAUAUUCUUUCAACUAGUUUGGUCUCUAUUAACUACAUAGUUCCUGGUAUCUAAAUAUUUCGGUUGGAUAUUUACUGCAGGGCAUCUAAUGUACAGUUAAUAAAUCAAUGCUGUUCCAUCAGUUUUUCUUCAGUUUUGAUGAGAAUGCAGAAACUGAUCAGUAAAGGCAGCAAAGUAAAAGUAUUUUGUACAGACACUCAUUUAAUGCUGAGUUGGUGGUAAAGAUCUGUGAAGCCUUUCGUACUAUUCAUAGUCAUUGGAUAUAAAUAAUGAUUAGUGCUGCCUUAGGGGAAGGAAACCCCAAUGUGAUGGGGCAUCGUGUACUGAGGGGAACACUGCAGAUCUGCUGCUAACUGCGGAUUUCCAGAGAAGAAAAGACAAUUCUCUUAUUAGCUUCAGCUGUACGGUAGAAUGCAUUUGGAGGUCUUGAAUCCCGUCCUUUACAGCGUCCUCUCCCUAGGGAGAGAUUGGACAGGAUGAAAUGUGACCAGUAAGUGGCACAACAUACCGAUCACGAGUGUUGUGUUGGGAUACACUUGAAGCGUUCGAGAGACAGAAACAGAUGUAUUGCUGAGUCCACUCUUUGCUAAAGCUUUCUUGACAUUAUAAAUGUAAAUCAGAUAUGAAGACGUUAUUGGAUGUUAUUGUGUGUCUCGAUGAAGCAAAAGUGCUGCACUGCUCAGUGUAUAUUUAUUGUAUUUUUGUAUUAUGCUUUUUUUUGCUGCAAAGUAACAUUUCAAGGUAAGCUAGUAAAUCUGCACAAUAUACAAAAUAUAACAUUUUUUAUUCAUGUAACAUAACUCACCAAAUGCAAAGUCUAGGUUUAAUCCUCAGAAUAAAUAUAAAUAUUACAUUUAUUUGUUGUGUUAUGUCAUGAGUGAUACAUGAGGACGCCUUAACAUUGGAGUUCAGCCCCGCUAGCACCACAUUAUUCUGUAUUACGUGCAUGGACAAGUACAGGUAUGUGUGAGCGUUGGACAUUUCUAAUGAUGAAUUUGGGUUUUCACAGCAUUUUAUUCUUUAUACAAUAAAACAAUUAGAUUUUAAAAUAUAUAAAUAGUAGCUGCAGUGAACAUACUCUACAUGAACCUAUCGUUAAUGCUCGAUGAAAUUCUCACUCUAUUUUCCAACAUUCGGCAUAUUUCUUUUAUCUUGAUGUAACAUGGCAAUUGUAGGCAGAUUUGAACCACUUUCCUUGCGGAUCUUCUUGUAUUGUGUAUUUCACGACACGAGAUGUUUCCAAAUGGGAUUUUCUCAAACAGAAACAUUGGUGUGAUAUCAUUAUUUAAAAAGCUGUGUUGUUUCCAGUAAAAACUAUUUCUUGACCUUAGAUUCAACUGACCUUGAACAGCAUUGUUUUAUAUUUCAUGUCUGUAUGCUUCACUGUUAAUUCUAACAAAUCCUCCGGCUGCUUGCUGCUGUUUUAACAUUUGGUGACAAAUUGCUGCCAUGCUUUUUGGAGGCUUCACAGGCUCCGUACUACUUAAUAUGCAGGACUUUUCACUUCGUAUUCCCUGUUUAAUUGAAGAGAUCAGUGCAACAAUAAAAGAUGUAAAAGUAA